AUGGGAGACCUUUUUUCCUUAUUUUGGGAGGUGGAUCCUCCCUCUCUGCCUUUAAGUGUCCCCAUCCCAAAUCAGGACUUUGAAUGCCAGAAGGAUAUCUCUUGUGGUGCAAUAGGGAAUUUCCUGCUUUGGUAUUUUACCAUUAUGUUGGCCAUGAUGUUCUUCUCUCGGGCUUCUGUCUGGAUAUCUGAGAGGAAAAAGGAGGAAGACGCAGGCACAAGCACUUCAGUAAGUAAAGAAAGCAAAGAAAGCUCCCAUAAUCAGCCAAGUAAAGACGGUACCACAGAUGCCUCAGAAGAGAUGAAAAACUCAAAGCUGAGCCAACUUACUGCUGUAACUGACUCCGAAGUGGCUUUAGCCAAUGCCUAUAUUGAAAGACGAGCCAGGCUCCAAACUCAAUUCAGCCAGGACUCUCUUCCUGAGCUUGAUAGUGACACUACUGAGCACAACAGUGAAGAAUCUAUCUCAGAAUCCUCUUCAUGGAAGGAGAGUGAGAGUGAGCACUCAUCACCUGUAGGGUUCAAGAAGAAAAAACUGGCUCAGAGGCAGAGGAAUUUGGCAAAUUUCCAAGUCAGGGGACAGCCCUGCCUCCACUGCAAAGCCAAGAGAACCAAUGAAUGGCUGACGCGCCAUUUCCAUCCAGGUGGUUUGCUCGCAAUCCAAAUGAAUAAAGAUAUUCAAGAGAAAAAACCUGUAUCUGACAUCAGCCCAAUAUGCAACAGAAUCUGA